AUCAACCAGACUCUAUAGCCUAGUGGUAGAGCAUCCGCUUCGAGUGCUGGAGGUCGUUGGUUCGAUCCCCGGCUGCGUCAUACCAAAGACGUGAAAAAUAGUACCAGCAGCUCCCUUGCUUGACGCUCGGCAUUAAAAGGGAAACUGACUUCUUUUCUCUCAUACCCUCGUGUUGAUGGAUUCCAUCAGGAAUGAGGUGUCAAGAGUGAUUAAUAUAAGUUGUAGAACUUGCUUCACAAUUGGCCGAAAAUAUAUUUGUAUAAACUAACCAUACUUCAAAGGAAUGUUCUUUGGAUCAUCCCCAUUUAAAAGGUGUUCAAAGCAAACGUCUUAUUGCCAUAUUGCAACAGAAGGAAAAACUUUAAAAAUCGUAUUGUUAACCAUUAGCAUAUAUUUACUUAAUGUCACAGAAAUGUCCUUUGGAUCACCUUCUACCAAGUUCGCUUAAGCCACUGCAUUUGGUAGAAAACAAAAUGACAGCCAUGAUCGGUGCUGGUUUUUAGCCCACCAUCAUCAGAUGGUGGGCUAUUCAAAUCACUCUGCGUCCGUGGUCCGACGUCCGUCCUUCCGUUAACAAUUUCUCGUUAUCGCAUCUCUUCAGAAACUACCAGGGGGAUUUUGACCAAACUUUGUCAGAAUGAUGUAUUGGUACCCUAGCUGUGUCCCCCUGAAAAUCAGACUGGUUCAACAAUUCUUUAGUGAGUUAUGGCCCUUUGUUUAUUUCUAUAAUUUACAUAGAUUUAUAUAGGGAAAAACUUGAAAAUCUUCUUGUCCAAAACCACAGAGCCUAGAGCUUUGAUAUUUGGUAUGAAGCAUCAUCUAGUGGUCCUCUACCAAAAGGAUUCAAAUUAUUUCCCUGGGGUCUAAUAUGGCCCCACCCCGGGGGUCACAUGGUUUAUAUAGACUUGCAUAGGGAAAAACUUUGAAAAACCUCUUAUUCAAAAACACAGGGCCUAGGGCUUUGAUAUUUUGUAUGCGGCAUUAUCUAGUGGUCUUCUACUAAGAUUGUUCAAAUUAUUCCCCUAGGGUCAAAUAUGGCCCCGCCUCGGGGGUCACAUUGUUUACAUAGACUUAUAUAGGGAAAAACUUUGAAGUGGGCAAGUUAUACGGAAAUGACUUCAGUCAGACAACAAUAUCACGAUUUGAAGCUUUAAAUCUCAGUUUUAAAAAUAUGUGCAAAUUAAAACCAUUGCUAAGUAAAUGGUUAGAGGACGCUAACACAGUGAGCUGUAGCCAAGCACCGGAAGCUGACGGCGACAGUGAUCCCAUGACGCCGGAAUCUAUUGCCAGGCGGCGGAAGAAACGAACAAGCAUAGAGACAACAAUACGUGUUACUCUUGAAAAAAGUUUUUUGAACAAUCCCAAACCAAAUGGGGAAGAAAUUUCUAUAUUAGCAGAAAGUUUACAUAUGGAAAAGGAAGUUAUACGCGUGUGGUUUUGUAACAGACGACAAAAAGAAAAACGCAUUAAUCCGUCAACAUCGUUUUCACAAAUGCAAAUGAUAAGUCAGUUUAAUGUUGCUACCGCCAAUGGUACUUCUUCAUCAGUGUCGGGAUCGGCAACAUCCGGGUCAGUUUCAUCAUCAACGGUAACACUAACAGGAAUUCCUGCUCAAGGAUUACUUCCAAUGUCAACUGCCAACUCACCAACUAAAGGAUCAAAUUUAUUGACUUUUACCCCAUCAAAUUUAUCUAAUGUUCUUACUGUGCUGCCAUCUAGUGUGGAACAGAAAUCAGGUUCAUUAUCUCUUCCUACAUCCGUGCCAGGACAAAGUGUUCUUGUGACUAAUAUAAAUGGCCAGACUCUCCUGAAAUCGUAACCUUUAUUCUGAGACAGUUGACUAUGUAUUUAAAAAUAAAAGAAUUUUUAGCAUA